AUGGUGCUUGUUGGUAAGACAGGAGUAGGGAAGAGCGCAACGGGAAACACUAUUGCCGGCAAGGAUGAGUUUAGAGAAGAUUUUAGUGGAACAUCAGUCACAUCAGAGUGUCAACAACUCAGCUUUGAGCGGGAUGGGUAUGAACUGCUGCUGGUGGAUACCCCUGGCUUCUGUGACACAGGCAUGUCAGCUGAGGACAUCAGAAAGGAGGUGGGUCGGUGCGUAGCUAUGUCCUCUCCAGGAAUACACGCCAUUCUGUUCAUAGUUCAAGUUGGAAGAUUCACAGAUGAAGACAAGAAGACGAUAGAAGCGUUCAUUGCAUGUUUUGGUGAAGAAUGCAGAAAAUAUGUUCUGGUUAUUUUUACAGGAAAGGAUCAAUUGGAUAAAAGGAAGAAAAUGAUAGAUGAAUUCGUCAGAUCUUGUCCGAAACCUCUCCAAAUGUUCCUUUCUACUGUCCAAGGCCGAUAUAUGGCAGUGAACAACAACGACAUGUCCCCGGACAAGAAAACAUUUACAAAGGAACUUGUAGAAACAAUCUUACAAAUGGUUCGAGCUAACGGCGGGAUGUGUUACACCAACGACAUGUACAGGAAGGCAGAGAUUCAACAGAAGCAGGCUGAAGAUGAAGAGGUGAAGAAAAUUGCUGCCGCAAACAAAGCCAAGGAUGAAAAGCUGAUUGAAAUAGAGAGAGCCCGGAUAGAAGCAGAGUUGAGGAAACAUCGUCUACCUGCGCUAGAAUAUGCAAUAAAGAUGAAAGAAGAACAGGAAGCCUUUAUGGAUUUCUUGGUAGAUAGCCAUCGGAAAUUGGCCCGAAGACGCGUAAGGUCAUACAUUGGAAGCGGUGUUGGAAAGAUUGUGGGAUGUUUAGUAGCUAUCCCAGCAGCUGUGGCAGGAUUCUUUGUUGCCGGUCCUGUUGGUUCAUCUGCAGGUGUGACAGCAGGUGUCACCGCUGGUUAUGCUGUAGGUGGCCUCAUAGACGGAAUGAUUGGUGAAAAUAUAUCAGAUUGUAGUUAUGAUCACUUAUGA